CUGUAAACAUUUUUUGACACUUCUUUCGAAGAUUUUUUCUAGAAGGACAGCGUUUCCUUGAUCAAUCCGAACUCAUUAAUUUUUUAGAGAUUUAUAGUACGGUAAUGUUUAAUUUGACGUUCAUGUUGCCAUGGCGUGCAAUCUAAUCAAAGCGAUUGCUGUAAAUUAGCGGUGAACCCCAACAAUUUGAAUUCUGUAUUGAACAUGUGUUUUGAUGAUCGAUCACGGAAUAACUCGUACCCAAAGAAGAGAACUAUGCUGUUCGUUUUCCUGAGACUGCACCAAUGACUUCAAAUGAAAGCGUAAGUAUGGAAUGAAAUAGUACCUUACCAUUUUAUUUUUGUGAAAAUACUCAAAAUCGCUUUUUUUAGGUGAGAUUCGAUCGAGUCCAGAUGGUAGUCUGACAGGGUGUGCAAGUAACCUUGAUUCCAUGUUCUCUUUGAUGUGGAAUCACCCUUAAAGUCUUACAUAAAACACAGGUGUUUCAACCUAUGUAUUGAUUUGACAGUUUUUAUUUUAUAAUACAAAGAAAUUAGUGCUUGGAUGGAUAGGAAACAAGUUUUGACGAACCUUUUCACCAUAAUAGCAAUUCGGUCUCCUACUAUAUAAUUAUAUAGAUGUAAUUACAAAUUAUCUAUUCUCUCUUCCGUAUGUGUUCUCCUGGAAUACUCUGUAUUUCAAAAAGGUGCCUAUGAAUCAAUAAUUCGGUCGACGUGACGAUAUUUAGUGGACAAAAAUUAUGUUUAUGAUAAUAGAAAAGUCUUCCUCGCUGUGCCAAAUUUGAUAUUGCCAUUUGGGUAACAAGGAUGUAGUUGUACUUGAGACUUUUCAAUUCUCUUCUUAAUCUCUAAUUAAUAGGAAACAUUCUUCAUUAAGACAUUAUUUUUUCUUCAAUCUAAUGUUCUGUUUUUGCAAAUGGACAUUUAGUUUGUGUGUCAGAAGCAAGUCGUGUUUUUAACGGUUUGUCAGGCCUUUGGCAGGCAAUAUCAUUUUAAAUAUUGCUUGACAGUGUGUUUUGCAAAUAUUUAGACUUGAAAAAUGUAAUUUCCUUCCAUGAUUAUUGGUCAAGAUUUCAAAUUUUUUUCAUUUGAUUGGAUUCAUUGUAUUUUUCUAUUUCCUUUUCUCCUGUUGUCAUCAGUUGAUAAAAUUUUUUUGCAAAGUACCCAAUCAUUUUUUUAUCAAGAUGAUAUUUAUGGUAUUUAUUUUGAUAGCCAAAGCAAGAAGCAAAAAAAGAGUUUCUGUUUCAACGGGAAUGUACAGCCCACAACCAGUUAAAUGUUUUAAAAUCUUUUUUUUCAGGAUGAUGAAAAUCUGGCACUAAACUCUGAAAGUCAUGUUCAGUCUGGUUCAUCACAAGAUGGUAAAUGAAUGCACUUUAUACUUGCCUUUGUUUCAGCGAUUGCCCAAGGAGAAAUAAGUAUUUGACAAAUAUAGUUGUUUUGUUUUGCAAUUGUGUUAUCAGCAGUACUCUUAAUUUCAUUGUUUGCAACUUCCAAUCAAUGUCAGAAUGUAAGCAACUUUGCACCUACCUACCUACCCCUCCCCUAACCCAACUUUAACCUUAACUUGUUAUCAGUUGACUGUUGUUGGGAUAGGGGAGGAGUAGGUGUGUAGGUGCUCAGAUACUUUGAUCCAAACUUUGUCUCAAGGUCAAGGAAACAGAAAAGACAUAUUUGACAUUAGGUUUUUUUUUCUGGUGGGGGAAGGGGUGGGGAAUUAUAUGAAUUUGUAUAUUCAGUCUGGUAGUUAUCAAGUCCUUGAUAGGAUUUGAUGGAGAUGGAGGCAUCUGCCCAACCUGAAGUUAAGGUAGCUGUGACAAACCAAAAUGAAAUGAAGAGUGAAACAAAUGGCUCCCAAACUGGGUCGUGAUCUGUUGCUAUGGCUGUCUAAUAACAAGAACCUUGAGGAAAAUAGGUGACAGUAAAGAUAAAAUACAGACUUUUGAGUUUUUUCACAAAUAAUUGCUUUGAAGGUGUUUUGCCAACCCCUUUGCAUGCUGCUGCGGUGAAUGGAAACAAGUCUCUUCUUCAAAGGCUACUGCAAGAAGGUGAUUGACAAUAAUUCUCUGUCUAUGUGUGUCCUGAUAAAACCUCCCAGUGUUCUUAAAUUGAAGGGCUUCCAAUGGGUUACUACCUGAGUACAACCAGUUGGUAAAUGGCAGUGCAAUGAAAAGCUAUAUCAAGAAGGUUAACAGGGUUGAAGUGAAGUGGAGGAUGAUGGCAACAAUUGAUUUGUUAAUAAUAAUUUUAAUCAAAGGUUCAUUCAAUAAAUUGAAAUAAGUCUUCUUUUUUGUUAGAGGAAAGAAGUCUUAUCAAUAAUGGAGACCAGUUUGGCCGCACUCCGCUGGUGAGAAUCUUUGAAUAAUUAGAUUAAGCCUGUACACUCUAACAUCAGUAUCCAUAUUCUCUGUAAAUUAUCUUUCCUAUGCAUUUCCUUUGGUACUGAAUCAUUCCCAUGAUCUUAAUAAAUUAAUCGGUAGUAUUCUAAUUAUAACAAGAAACUUUAUAAAAUAAUUCAAAUAGUAUACAUGCUCUGAUUGUUUAGCAGCUAGAGGGGAGAAUUAACAAUCAGAUCUUGGGAGUUGGAAGUUUAAACUUUGUGACUUUAUCUCCACAGGUCUACAGUGUUUUGGGAGACAGACUUGACUGUGCAGAACUGUUGUUGAAAGCUGGAGGCAACGUAAGAUUAGUAGGCCUAGAUUCAGUUUCAUUCUUACAAAGCAUAUUUUUUUAGAAAUCAUCUUAUACCCCUCCAUGGAUGUUUUUGAUUUUGAGCUCUUCCCCGGGGUAGGGAAGGUGUGUGGUUGGAAUUUUCUUUUCAAAUAACAUUUUCAAGUGGGUAGAGAUAUUUUUGGGACCACAAGAAUCACACAUUACAACUUACAGCAACAGAAAAAAAUGGCAGGAAGUGAACAUUUCAAAAUCCAACAGUUUGACUGAAGGGCUCUGAUUAUAGGUAAGAUACACUCCCUUUACCUUUACAUUUUGCGGUUUUACUAUUUGUGGUCCAGGAGAAGGGAAAAGGGAGGAUUCAGUGUUCUCCCUUAUUUUAAGCAUGACAGGUAAAUUAAAUUUUCAAACCAGUAAAGCAAUCCUUUUACCUGUUGAAUUUUCAAGAAUUCCAAGCAAUUUUAUUUUGGUAAAAAGAGGUACUACAGACAGUAAAUGUUACCGGUUACUGCCUGAAAAGGAGAACAUUGAGGAUUAUAAUAUUUUUUUUAAAGGAGAUUGGUGCUCAUUAAGGCUUAUUAUUAGUUGAUAUGAUAUUUAGAAUACAAUUUUUUUGUGUGGGUUUUGUCUACGCCAUAGGUUGGUUCUUGUGAUAUGGAUGGUAGAACACCACUUCACUGGGCUGCAUACCAGGUACAAUGUGGUAAAAAUCUGAAUGUAAUCAUUUGCAUGGGGUGAAUAGGUUACCAGAAAAAAUCUCACAGAUUGGUUUAAAAAUUGAAGCCUCCUUUAGUAACUGGGAGAUGCUGAAAAGGCAGAGUAGGCAAUUUAGGGUUGGUUAACUGUUAGGUUGAGAAUGGGAUACAAUAGUGCUUCAAGUAGGGACAACUAAGUAUGUUCCUCUACUCUUUCUUUGUCGCACACAAGCCUCCUCUCUUCUGUUAUGAGAUAGGUAAGUUUCUUCUAUCUUUUUAACCCUUUAACUCCUAGAUUUGUAAUUCUCCUUACUAUCACUAUACAAUUCCUAUAAUGUUACAGUUCAGAGAAUUUAGUAUUGGAUCAACAAACUAUCCCAAAAUUGAUAUUUUUCUUUAUUCUCAUCACUUAUGUGGUUGAUAUUGUGUUGAUAUUGUGUUGAUAUUGUAAGGAGAAAUUCUGUCCUGAUCACUUAUGAGAGUUGAAGGGUUAAGGUGAUUAAGGGCUGAGAUUUGAUUCUGCAGAGGAAUUCAGGAUUUUUUUUCUACUUCCCACUCUCAUGAUAAGGCAAAAGUACCCUACAUCUCUCUUUAAGCAACAGCAUAUAUGGUUUAUGUUCUCCUCUGUCAGUAAUUUUUCAGAGAAUGAUGAGUUGAUAAUUAGCCUGUUAUUUUUACACCCAGGGAAAUGUGAAGUGUGUAAAACUACUGCUGUCUAAAGGAGCAAAUUGGAAAGUAAAAGACAACAAAGGAAGGUAUAUAGCAUCUUCAGAACAAUCUUUGAAUAAUUCUGAUCACAUCUCUUUUUGAUUUCCUUUUUAUAUUUUUUGUGAACAUGGUUAGGUAGCCUAAUAUAGGCCACUCCAGAAAAUACUAUGUAUAAUGAAUAAUUCCAGCUUUGCCAAUCUCUAAAAAUUUCUGAAACCUGGAGAUCCUUGAAGAUUUUAGUUUAUGGCUAAAAGUUGUUAAGUGGAUGUUCCUUCAUGUUAUCCAAAAUUGAAAAAGGUUUAGUAGAGUCACUUUAAUCUUGAAUGGAAAACAUACGUUUGUUUAUGGAGGUCAAAUUUACAGAAAAAAUAUUAAAAUUUACUUCUAUUAAGGAAAUUUAUUGAAGUUUAUGGAAAACCAAAAGACUUGUAGAUUUUUGAGGAGAGCAGGGAAAUUUUUAUACUCUUGAAUAUCAAUGUUUUCCAUGACUCUUAAGUAAUGUUAGUCUGAUUCUUGCAAUUUCUUUUAUUCCCAGUCAUCUUGAUGGGAAGUUUACUUUGUGUUAGGCCAUGGUACCUUGUCCUGUAAGUGACAUGUGGGUGUUAAAAUGAAUAGAGUUGAAUUUGUGUUUUAUAUAAAUGACCAAUUUUCAUGUUUACUCACCUUCGUCUUAAAAAUUCAUUUAAAACCACAAAAUAAAAAUCUGUCUGCCACUUUUUAGAACUCCACUCCAUUUUGCCACAAGCCAUCAAUCACCCAAGGUUUGUCAACUACUCCUUGCCGUUGCCAUCUUUGUUGCUGUUGAUUUUUUUUUUGUUCUACAGUCAAACUUUUGUAAACCAUCUAACUUCCAGAUCAAAUUUGUUAUUCUCCUUACUGUCAUCCAUACAAUUCUUAUAAUGUUAGUUCAGAGAAUUUACUAUUGGAUCAACUAAUUAUCCCCGAAGUGUUAAUUUCCUUUAUUCUCAUCACUUAUCUGGUUGAUAUUAUAUUGAUAUUGUAAGGAGAAAUUCUGUCCUGGUCACUCAUGGGAGUUAAAGUUGAAUGGUCACUUAGAGUGGAACCACUUAUACUGAAAAAUAAUCUUUCAAGUAAAAUUUGAUGUAUGUUUAUCUCCCGAAAUAAAUGUUAGUAUUAUUUUUGAGGGUGCUUAUGUACAUUAAUGGUCAGCUUGCCCUUCCCCAUUGUAUACAUUUAAUCAAUCUGAAAUUUGUUCGCAGCAAAAAGAACUGUGACUGUGUUUAUCUGAUUUUUUAUUUUAACUCUUUCUUUCUAAAUACUUUCAGUGCUUAAGCAUCUUACUGAAGCGAGUCCCUAAGGGCGAAGCAGAUGAACCAGAUAAUGAUGAGAUGACAUCUCUUCACUGGAGUGUGUCUUAUGGGAAUGCUGAGCAUGUCAAGCUAUUGCUAAAGGCAGGAUGCUCUGUGACGGUUACUGACUUGGAAAGUAUGUUCCAACAAACACUGGAUCAGGACAUUUAAUUUACAGAGAAUUGGGUUCAUUAACAAUUUACUACAGAAGAGGGGUCAUUUUUUGCAUUUUUCCGGCGAGUGGAGGCAAGUGUGAGGUGAAUGCAUGAAGAGCACAUGAAUUUAAUUACUCUUUGCUCAUGCCUCUGCUUGCCUAAAAAACGCAAAAAAAUGACAACUUUUUUGCAGGGUCUAGAAGUUUCUCAUUAGAAUGGAAGGAAUGAGUAACUAUUUAAUAAUAACCAUUACAAUUUCCUCAAAUGUGAUUAGUGCACUAACUGCUUUAUUUUUCACUAGUCAUUUUGUACAGUUGUAAUCCGACAGUGUAAUCAGACAGUUGGCUGGAACCGGACACCUGUAAUGCGUAAUGGGAUAGUUGAAGUCCGCUCAGCUAAAUCCACCAAUCACAGAAUUGAUCCCAAUAACCCUAGUAAUAACCACUUAUCGCAAGAAAAACUGGGCAUCCAAAAUGAAGGAAUUUUUAGCUUUAUACAUUGUUUCCAUAGGAGAUAUUUGCUCUAGAUGUAUUUUUUCGCAGAAAUUAUAAUGGUUAUGAUUAAUUUGCAAUAGAAUGUCGUGUCAUCCAAAUCUGUCUGUAAUUAUAUGAGUGGUUGACAAAUUGGACUCACGCCUCGUGGUGGUCCAAUUUUGUCAAUCACUCAUAUGAUUACAGACCAAAUUGGACUCCACUCAGUCCUGUUACCAUCAUUAAAUGGACUGGAACCUUUAAAGAGAGACUAAUUUACAAAGAUUAAAGAUGUUUAUUAAUUUACUUUUCAGAGAGGACACCUCUUCACUGGGCAAUAACAAAUCCAGAUCCUGCUGUUGUGAAACUCAUUUUGGUAAGAAAUCUUGCAUAACUUGAAUUCAUAUAUGAUUAGACAUGUAAAGUAAAGAAAUAUAAAGGUGGACUGGUGGGAAGGCUUCAUCUGGAGAACUACCUAUCACAGGAGAAGGUUAACCCUUUACAUCCUAAUAUUAGUAUGCAUAUUCUCUUUACUGUUCUCUAUACAUUUACGAAGGUGCUGACAAGGAGAAUUUGUUUAACAAUCAAGAGCUUCUUUAGUUGGUGAUCUUUUCCUUUAUUCUUUUGACCUUAAUGUUUGAUUCAGGGGUGAUAUGGUCAGGGGAAAUAAGAUGCCAGUCACUCGUAGGGGUUAAAGGGUUGAAGUGAAAGGGUCGCUAUUAAGGUACUAUAGAUGACGAAAAAAUGCCCCCCUCCCCCACCUGGAUGGUAAGGCACAGAAACUUUCAUCCACAAUCUUGUCCUUGCAUUUCUUGGUAGCUGUCAUUUGAAUGACCACACUCUGGAAUAUUAUCUAAAGAAUUCAAAGUCAGGACCUCCUUGGGCAGUAGAACAGACAAAGUUCUCAACUGAAUGUCGAAAAACAAAAACCAAAAUAAUCUCAAUCACCAAUCAGAGCAAAGAGAACAUCAUCGUUAGCCAAUGAGAACUCAAAAUAAAAACAGGUAACCUGCUCAAAGCGUGGGAAAAUGCGAGUAUCCAAUAAUGGGAUUGGUUUUCCUUUUGUAUCUGAUUAGUUAGGAUGGUGGUGAAGGUUUUUAGACCAAUCAUACAGCGAAGGAAAGAAAAACCAAGCAACUAGGAUCAAUUUCGAUACUCAACAGACGAACGAGCUGCUUAGGAGCUUUCAUUUGAAUGGUCAUUUACUAAACUUCAUCAACAGGCUUUGACAUUAGAGCUACCCUAUUUAUCAUAUUAGCUACUUCAUGACUGAAAUGUUAUUAAUUCUUCGUUUCCUAGGAAGCAAACUCGGAAAUCAUCAACCAUCAGGACAAUGAAGGAAGGACUGCUCUGCAUCUUGCUGUGGCAGAGCAGAAUGAGGCGGCUGUUAAGGUGUUGCUGGCUCUUGACAAGUGUAAAGUGUCAGCCCAAGACAACAUGAGCCGGUCACCUCUACACUGGGCAGCGGUGUUAGGUUGGUUGAAGGAUAGAGCGACACAGCAGUCAAACGUAGGGCAUGCGCAAGGGGACCAAUUUUUAGCCGGCCGCGCGCCAAUUUCCUGCCUUAAAUUCUAAAAGAAGACAUAAGAGAAAACCGCUGUCACGUAGAAACGUCUAAGAGAUCUGUAAACGGAAACAAAAGUAGGGUAAAGUAAAACUCGAGAGUUAUCGAAUAUAAAGCUAAUUCAAUUACAGUUAUCACGGUUUAUUCAUAGUUCAUAUAAACCCUUCUAUGAGGUGGAAUACGUGUGGACUGAAAAUAGCAUAUUGGCUGCUUUUAGUAUAAUGGUAUUAAUAAAUUCCAAGUUCUGAAAUUUAAUUCUCUACGUGGAAAUUCAUUUUCCAGGCAACUCUCAGUUAGUGAAAAUGCUACUGGAGAGAAAUGCGGAUUUCACCGCUGCAGACAGCAAUGGGGCUACUGCUCUUCAUUACGUGGCUCAGAGCAAUUAUUGUGAAACGGUCAAAGUGUUCCUGUCUUUCGACAAAGUCAACGAUAUUCCUGAUAAUGAAGGAAGAACUGCUCUCAUGUGGGCUGCAGGGAAAGGUUAGUUUCUCAUUUAAAGCGUAAUUCGAGGAAGUGUCAUAAAACUAAAACCAAACUUAUCCCGGAAGCCAAUCAGGACGGAGGUUAGCAUCACAAGGAACCAAUGAGAGUUCAGAUCAAACGCGUGUAACUGGUGCUAAGCGCGGGAAAACGCGGGUAACCAAGUCGUGAUAGGUUUUAUUGUUGCAACUGUUUGGAUUUUAGAGUAGGAUGCUGGAUUUCGUGACCAAUCAAAGCGUAGUGAGACAAAAUAAUGCAAUGCUACAUUGCUGUUGACACUCGAUUUGAAAUUUCCGGCUUCCAUAACCAGUCACCUUAAAUAACUAUUAUUCUAGUCAAGGCUGUCCUCUUCACGCCGAUAGUGCUUUAUUAUUCAAUUUCACCAGGAAGUGAGAGUGCGUUAAAGACAAUGUUAGAGCACAAUUUAGACGUACACGCCAAAGACAAAUUAGGAGGAACAGCGCUGCAUUCGGCUGCCUACUCUGGUCACGUGAACUGUGUCAAGCUGCUGAUCCAAUUUGGAGCCUGCGUUGAUGCACUGGACAUGCUUCAGCACACACCCAUAUUUCGCGCAUGCGAGAUGGGACACACUGAAGUUGUCAACAAUUUGAUUCUGCGUAAGUUCAGCUUUGACCGUAUAAUUUCUUGCCCUUUUAUUACUGUGCUAUUUCCUUGAAGGAAAUCAAAGAUUGUCUUGCAGUAUUUGUCCUUGAUUCCCGAAACUCUUUAAGUUUUCAUUUAUUCUGGCCCUUUAAUUGCUCCAUUCUCCCAAUUCUGGAACGCCCGAGCUUUCUCAGAAAUAUGAAAAUUUCAGAAAUGUGAAUCUCCUCAUCAAACCUGUUGCUUUUGCGUUGUCAACGUAUUUAAUUGCAAGCGGACAAAAAUCGUAGAUAAUUUGAGUUAGCUUAUUUCCAAUUCUCAUUCCAAAAAGGCGCUUACAGAUUUUCCUGUCCGAUCUUACCUUAACUUAAAGAUCAUUUUAAUAACUCACCCGAUUUUCAAGUAGAUACUACCUGUUGUAUCAUGACUCCAUUCAAUAAUGUCUAUAACCCCUUCAUUGUAGAUGGUGCCACUGUCAACUUGGAAGAUCAAGAUGGUCGUACACUGCUUCACUGGGCGGCUCUCGGGGGUCAUGCACCCAUAUGUAAUGCUCUGAUAGAGCAGAGUGUGCCCUCGGACACUAAAGAUCACUUGGGGUAAGUUGGAAUGUCUCCUACACACCAGUCUCCUAAACCUUCUCAUCCGUUAUGACGUGGGAGUUGCGAUAGACUAGAGGUCUGGGUUCGAGACCUGGAAAUCUCUAAAGAGCUCUUGCGUAACGGUUUGUUUGCGUGUUUUGUAGUCGUACUCCGCUGCAGUGCGCCGCUCAUGGAGGAUUCGUGAAGUUUAUGACGGUGUUAAUGGAGCAUGGUGCCGAAGUUGAUCACCAAGACAACGACGGAAUUACUGCGCUGCACUGGAGCUGUGCAUCCGGGCAUUUGGAUGCUGUCAAGCUGUUGCUAAGAUACAAGGCCUUCCCUAACUUCAAAGAGUCGAACGCUGACAGGUAGGUUAUAAUUACGGGCCAACUGGAAAAUAUUGUGGGGGGGGGUAGGCUGGGGGUUCACUAAAUAAGGAUUGUAACAUUGUGGUAAAUUCAGUUUCUUUCCAGGCCCAAAGCGUCAAAAUAGAAAUAGUCUUGCGUUCGAAGACCGUGCACAUUUAAGGAAAAACCGCAAUGACCCCCCUCAUCCUUAUGUUUCUCACACGGAAAAGUGGGGUCAACAUAGUCAGCUUUCUUCAAGUCUUUCAACAACCCUCAAUGUUAAACCACGGUCUGUUUCUAUGAGGUGUAAAAGAGGGUUACCCAUGCAGUAUCCCUUCCAAAGGCCUUACUGUUUAUUACUCCGAGUGUUGCUGGGGAAGAUGAUGGUCCAAUGACCAGCUACUAACCUUUUCGUAUUUUCUUCCAGGUUAACUCCUCUCGACUAUGCCAUUAUUGGUGACCACCAGGAUGUAGCGCAGGUUUGUAGGGUUUGUUCUAGAAAAUGGCCAAAGAGGGCCUUGUAGGCUCCCCACUGUAAUGUCAAUGGGCCUUUUCAAGAAAAGUGGCUCAACAAUGGGGUACCUUAGAGGGUGCUACCUCAGAGGGUGCUACCUUAGAGGGUGCUACCUCAGAGGGUGCUACCUCAGAGGGUGCUACCUCAGAGGGUGCUACCUCAGAGGGUGCUACCUCAGAGGGUGCUACCUCAGAGGAUGCUUAAACGUAUUUGUAGAGUCACAUUAGUGAGAUAACAAGAAGAGAAGAGCAAAUGAAACAGCGAGAGGCUUGGUGAGAGCUUGUGGUCAGUCAUUAUUUUCAGCGCUUAUUUUUAAAAAAAUGAACAGUACUUUAAAAAAGUACUUAUCCUUGGGUACAGUUUCUUGCGCCCCUUUUGACGCCUAGACGUAAGUUUUAUGCAGCAUUUCUUUUCAAAUCGCGGAAUCCCGCAAAGCUUUGCCUUGCAACAAACCCUGGUUUGUGCUUAACUGAAUAUUUACUAACUUUCUAAUCGGCACAGAGUUCUGAUCAGGACAAAUGGAAAAAGUGAUUUUGGAAGUUCCGCUGCUCAAAAGUCUCUAUGUGAAUCGUCAUUUAUAAGGGAUUGAUCCUUUAGAAAGUUGAUGCUGAACGCAAAAUUUUUCUCUUUUUUGUCGUUUGAACAGUAUAUGAUCGAACAAGGAGCUUUGACUAUUAACGGAAUCCAGGACAUUGCUGCUACGACAGUUCAGAAGUGUUGGCGUGGUUACACUGUCCGCAAGGCAUUUCAAGACAAGAAAAAUUUAUUUUUGAGACACGAGCAGUUGAAAGGGCAGAAACGAGCAAGUGCUGCAAGGACUGGGGACAUAUUUGGAAACCAGUCUCCUUACAGCGUAUCCCCUGGUAGUGCAUCUCCAAGGUAUUUUAAAUGUAGAUGGAAGAGGCUUAUCAAAACAAACAAAGAAGCUGAUGUUAUCAGAGAAACGAUAAUCUGAAACUGUUCAUGUGUAGACCUCUUAAAUGACGAGGAUUUACGCUAUAGCAUUAAUGGACUAUCGUCCCAUUCAGAGUGAGUAAUAAUGCUCCCAGUCGCUUCAACCCUUUAACUCCCUAAAGUGAGUGAUUAAGACAGAAUUUCUCCUUACUAUAUCUAUACAAUAUCAAGCAGACAAGUGAUGAGAAUAAAGAAAAAUAUCAAUUAUGGGGUUGCUAAUUGUGCCGAUACCAAGUUCUCCAAACUAACGUAAUAAGAAUUAUUUGGCAGAUAGUAAGGAGAAUUACUAAUGAGAUCUUGGAAGUUAAAGGGUUAAAAAAAGUGAAAGUCAAGACUUCACUUUCGCCAAGUGGCCCAUUCAGCCAGGGUUUAUCCCUGGUUUCUGUAGCGUGAAGCGACCAAGUGUAUUACUUACUCCUCCCCGGAUGGAAUGUUAGUCCACCACCAGCAUUUCAUCAGACUUCCCUUACAGUUUGCCGCCGGUACUUAUUUAUAAUCCCGGGUAAAGAGAGGCACCAUCUGAGUAAAGUCUGUUUCUCAAAAACACAACACUUUGAACGGAGCUUGGUGUUGAGCCCAGGCCCCUCGACUCACUAACCGAUCAGCCACUGUGUUUCCCCAUACGUCCAGGUUUGCCUUAGAACAAGACAAAAACCUCGAAAAAGGAUCACCUAUUAUGAAAAAGGGCGUCCUGGUUUCUUUUCGUAUGCAGCUAACAUAAUUUCUAACUUUCUUCUGGUUUGUCGACCUUGAAAGAGGGAGAGAGAGUUGUCGUGAUCAACAGCAAUCUCACCUACUUUUGCUGUACUUUUGCUGAUGAAAACUUUGCGAAGUCGCAUCAAAUCUGCGAAUCGUCCCACUGGAUCUAAGUGUUAGAUGCUUAAAGCUAGGAGUUUUGUUCCUUUUGUACCGUGCAGCGGAAUUUUUUUUAUGGCGCACCUACCCUUCCCCUAACUCAACAACAGUCAACUAAUAACAAGGUAAGGGUUAAUGUUGGGUUAGGGGAGAGGUAGAUGUGUAGUUGCUUUGUUACUAACAUUGAUCCGAAUUUUUUUUCUGUGCUGUCAGAGAUUUCACGAAAACUGACGCCUUUGACAAUGAGCAACACCUACAAGUUUUCACUGAAGACUUUCCUGAGGAAAAUAUGGAAGAAGUACUGCCGCCGUUUACUGAAGAAAGAAGACAUUCACAAAAUGAAGGUAGCGCUAAAGAUAAACUGUUACCAGACAAUACUUGUCCACGAGAUUAUACAGAAAGACAUGUCACUAAUGUACUACAAGAAGCAAAAAUGGAUGAAAGUUGGUCUUCCUCGGAAAGUGCAUCACCAGGGCGGAAAUCCGAAGACAGAUUUCAUUUUAAGAAUGAUGCCGAGAUGGUGAGAGUGGUUUCGUCGUUAUUAUUGGAAGAAGACUUCGAAUUAGACGAAGAAUUUUCGUUCGCAAAUGAGGGUGAAAAUACUGUGCGUAGAGUUAAUGUCACGAAAAAUGAUCCGCCUCGUUUGGCGCCAGCAAAAAAGUUACACAGCGGUAUUUCAAAAGCAGAGCUUGCGCGGAGGGAGCGCGAACGGCUUCGUUUAAUACGCUCGAAAGUGAACGCAGCGGUAUUGAUUCAACGUUGGUUUAGAAAAUGGAUCUCGAUGAGACGUGAACGUUUCGAACGCGAUGUGGUAUUAUCGGAGGUAAAAAAUGAACAGGAAGAACUCAACAAGGAAGUCGCCGCGCUUACAAUUCAACUGGCGUGGAGGAAACAUUAUAGACUCGAGUUUGAGAAAAUCUCCGCUGGAACUAAACAGCAGAAAUCGAAAAAACCGUCCUUUUUAAGUUCCGCUUCGUGUAAACAGAAACACAAUGGAAUACACAUAUACGGGCGCCCUCUUCGAAAAGUUCCGUCCAUGAACGGCUUUAAUUCGCGCAACGCUUUCAAACGAAAGCCUGGGUCUACAAAACAUGAUCCUGCCUCUCCAGCCGCCAUGUCAUAUAACAUGGCGAUGGACUUAUAUCAUCCCUUGGGAUCGAGGCAAGGCAACAGUCGUGCUGCCAUAGUUACAUCUAGCACCAGAGUGAGGCCUGGGAGCAUGAAGAGAACUGUUAAUGGCUGGACUCAUAAUAUUGGGUUUUUAUCCAGAAUCAGUGGUAAGUUGAAUCUUAGUCAUUCUUAAGGGCUCCAAGUUCAACUUCUUUCAAAGGCGCCAUAUGGUGAGCUAAAAUCUGGAAUUGAUGGCAAAGAAAUCUACUUGCAACUCCAGCGUUUCCUGAGGAUCACAUCUUAAGGCUUGAUUCUUGGACAACAAAGAGAGAAAUACUAAAACUUUAAGAACGGCUGAGUUUUUUUAAAUAUUAUUUUAUGCAGAUACACAUCUCAAUUUGAUACAAGUCAAUAAACAUUUGAUAAUAGACAAAUUACAGCUCGGAGCAUGACCGCCGAGUAUAGAUCGCCAAAUUGGCGAAUGAGCUCCAAAAUAAGUUUCCAAUUUUUUUACUUUGCGAUAACAUAGCUUCGUAACUUGGAGUGCUCGCAAUUGUAGGUAGCGCUUCAGUGGGCCAGCAAAGCUUAUAAUUAUGUGAACUUAAAGGUGACACUUCUGUGAGAUGGUUUUUCUUCCACUUUUCCUCGGUGAAAGUGUAAUUUGGAGUGUUUGCCUCAUGCUGAAGGAAAACUGACUAGAGAACCCGAGAAAAAGCGGAAAAAAUAAAUCCAACUUUGUUGAAUUCUUUUGUGGAACGUUAUUUGUAUCUCUUUCACCAACUCGAGGAAUGUUAUGAACUCAAUAUUUUUUUCUUUAUUUCAGGACACAAAACAGGAUCAAAGGAUCCCAAAACGUAGCAGAUGUUGCUUUCCUGAUGCUUUCCUGAUCUUGGUAUUAUUUCAUGGAGGGGUGUUUAGUAAAAGCCGAUUACCGCUGGUUUACCGCCGCCCACAAGACCUUUCACCGCCGUCUGUUGAGCUUACGAUCAGGCUCUCGUGUUUGGGUUUCACCUUAAGUCCCCUCUCUGGGGCAGCUGCCUAUUACAUAAUCGGCAGCCGCUCAUGGAAAACGUUAUAGGAACCCCCGUACUUUCCACUGGCUCCCUGUUAGUUUCUGCAUCUCUUCGCGUUUUAGUUUCUAACGUAAAUCUUACCGAAGCUUCGUGAGUGCCUGGUAGAAGUGAGCAACACCAUGUGAUUUUAGAAUUUUUUUCGCUGUGCCAAACUACUCACAGCUCGGAUAAAAUAAAAAAAUACCUGUCUAGUUAGGUUGAAAAACGAAAAAGAGGCAAUGAUAAACAAUGAAGGAUGGCCAGGGAUUAACGAAUUGAAGAUGCACGUGAAUCAGUGCCAAGAGAUGGAUAAAUCGUGUCAUAGCUCAUCGUUAAAGAACAUCACUGAGAUAUUACAUAUUAUUAAGUUGCAUGUAAUUACAACCAUAACUUAAAAUAUCCUUGCAUUUUUUAUGUUGGUAAACGAAUUAAAAACGAUAUAAAUAUUAUAUAAAUACUGUAUACAAGAUAAAUUUAGAAGAGCUUGCCCCAAUAUGGCGGCGAUGACGUGAAAGCUAACGCUGCAUUUCCACAAAUGCCACAAACAUUAACGAGUUCAUCCAUGUUUGUUUUCAUUGUAAGCACUUAAAAGUAUUAUCUGCCAUUAUGCACAUUCUAAAAAAGUGAUGUAUACAAUUUUAUGACAUAAACGAU